AUGCAGGUACAGUUUUACCAGAACAUCAUGAAGGGCCAGCUGGGCACUGCCCGCACGCAGGCCAUCUGCUUCUCUGCGAACAACAAGCGCCUCGCCGUCGCCGACGCCACGCGGCACAUUCAGCUGUUCGACGAGCAGGGCGAGCGGCGCGACAAGUUCGCGACGAAGGCGGCGUCGGACAAGGGCGGGCGAGGCUACAUCGUGACGGGCAUGGCCUUCUCCCCCGACAGCUCGCUGCUGGCGAUUGCGCAGUCCGAUAACAUUGUCUUCGUGUACCGUCUCGGGCUGGAAUGGGGCGAAAAGAAGGCUAUCCGCAACAAGCUGUCGCAGACAUCGCCGGUGACGUGCGUUGUGUGGCCCAACACGUUCUCUCAGGGGGUGGAGCUCAUCGCCUUCGCCACGUUGGAUGGCAGUGUGAAGGUGGGCAUGCUGAAGGCGAACAAGUCGCACGUCCUCUAUUCACACGACCACCCGGCCGUGUCCAUGUGCACCAGCCGCGACAACACUAAGAUCCUGACAGGCCACCUCGACGGCACCGUCUACCAGUAUGUCCUCGAGGCCUCCGAGGACGGCGCCGAGGUGGCGGGGGCGAAGCGGCUCUUCGUCCACAGCUGCGCGCCGUACAUGCUGGCAUGGGGCGAAAGCAUCUGCGCGGCCGGCACCGACUGCCAGGUCGCCUUCUACACCCCGAAGAGCUGCCAGAAACCGCAGGUGAUCUCGUUCGACAUGAAGGACAUCGGGAGCUUCACUGGGGGUGUCUGCAACCCGAGCGGGCAGGCCGUCGCGAUCGCCGGUCGCGAGCAGAUCCGCAUCUUCGACCUCAACAUCCGCUCUCACAAGUGGGAGGAGGGCGCCGUCGUUUACCUGCCGCACAGCGAGGGCUUCAGCGCAAUGCAGUGGAAGCGCGAUGGCAGCCGGCUUGUCACCGGCUCUGUCACCGGCUCUGUGGACGUGUUUGACUGCUGUCUGCGCCGCUACCGCAUGCGCGGCGCGUACGAGUUCACGUACGUGAGCCACAGCCAGGUGAUAGUGAAGCGGCUGGCGAGCGGGACGCGGCUAGUGCUGCAGUCCUACAUGGGCUUUGAGAUUCAAAAGGUGAACGUCUACCAGGACCGCUACCUCGUCGCCCACACCUCGGCCACCCUCCUCCUUGGUGACUUGGUGUCGCACAAGCUGAGCGAGGUGCCGUGGCAGCUCACCGGGCGGGAGAAGUUUACCUUCGACAAUGAACAGAUCUGCAUGGUGUUCAACGUUGGCGAGCUGUGCCUCAUCGAGUACGGCAAGAACAUGAUUCUCGGCACGUGCCGCACCGAGGAGCGCAACGCGCACCGCAUCAGCGUGCGUGUCCUUAACCCCCUUGCAAGUGACGCAGGUGCCGGUGCGGCCGGCAGUGGAGGCGCCGGCGGGCAGCGUCGCGAGGUGAACACGACGACCGGCUCGCCUCUUGUGUCCACCUCCGUGCCGAGCAGCUCCGGUGCGCUCGAUGCGUACAACUCGCGCUGCGUCAUUGCGUACCUCAUCGACCGGCAGACGAUUCAGAUUGACGACCUCAGGAGCGGCGUCUCCAUCGCCCGCGUGCCGCACGAGUCGAAGAUCGACUGGCUGGAGCUCGACUUCCGCGCGUCGCGGCUGCUGUUUCGCGACAAGCAGCACCAGUUGUACCUCUACGACAUCUCCAGGCAGCAGCGCACCACACUGCUGAGCUACUGCACGUAUGUGCAGUGGGUGCCACGCAGCGACGUCGCCGUGGCGCAGAGCCGCCUCGAGCUUUGCGUGUGGUAUAACGUCGAGUCGCCGGAACGUGUCACCAUCGUGCCGAUUCGCGGGGAGGUGGAGGGCAUGGAGCGUGGCAACGGCAAGACGGAGGUGAUUGUCGACGAAGGCGUUAGCACCGUCGCCUACGCGCUGGACGAGUCGCUCAUCGAGUUCCGCGCCGCCAUGGAGGAACGCGACCUGGACCGCGCAUGCGACUUGCUGGAGCGUACGUCGCUGUCUCCCGGGACAGAGGUGAUGUGGAGCACACUCGCCAACGUGUCACUGCAGGAGAUGAAGCUUUUCAUUGCGGAGCGCUGCUACGCGGCUCUGGGCGAUGUCGCGAAGGUGAACGCGCUGCAGCGCAUUCAUCAGCUCGCGGCAAAGGCGAAGGCGGACAGCGCGGACGCCACCACCGGCUACGAGCACUACACGGUGCUGGCGGAGCUGUACAUGAUGAGUCAAGACUUCAAGCGAGCCGAGCAGCUCUUCCUCGAGAACGGCCGUGUCGAGGACGCCAUGCAAAUGUGGGAGGAGAUGAACUGCUUUGACGAGAGCCUGGCCAUCGCCGAGUCGCGCGGCCUCGACGACGUCGCCAACCGUCGUGCCCGGUACUUCGCGUGGCUGAUGGAGACUCGUCAGUACGAAAAGGCGGGCGAGAUGCGCGAGAAGGACGGCAAGUUCAUUGACGCCAUCAACCUGUACCUGCGCGGUGGCACGCCGGCCCGUGCAGCGCAGGUGGUCUCCGUGAACAACCUGAAGCCUGAGCAGCAACUGCUGGAGGCGAUCGCGGCCGCGCUCUUCAAGGCGCAGGUAUUCGAGGUCGCUGGCGACUUCUUCGACAAGCUGCACAUGACAGACCGCGCGAUCGACGCCUACAAGCGAGGUCACGCCUUCAGCCGUGCCGUCGAAUAUGCCAAGACGGCCGCGCCGCAGCAGGUUGUCCCGCUGGAGGAGGCGUGGGGCGACUACCUUGUCUCGCAGAAGCACGUCGACCAGGCCAUUAACCACUACAACGAGGCGGGCAAGUACGGCAAGGCCGUGAAGGCGGCGCUGGACUCGCGGCAGUGGGCAAAGGCGGCGGCCAUCCUGGAGACGCAGAGCAACGGCGGCGUGGGCAGCUCCGGAGGGCCGGUCGACGCGGCCACCAAGAGCGCCUACCAGCGGAUUGCGCACCACUACGAAGAGGUACACCAGUACGCCGAGGCAGAGAAGCUCUACAUCAAGUGUGGCGCCGUCAGCGACGCCGUCGACAUGUACUCGCGCGCUGGCAUGACCGACCACAUGUACCGCGUUGCUCAGCGCCACCUCGAGCAGGACAAGCUGGUCGAACUCUUCGUAAGCCAGGCGAAGCAGCUGGAGACGAAGGGCGACUACGCAGCCGCCGAGCGCAUAUAUCUGAAGGUGAACGAUGCAGAUGGUGCCAUCAUGAUGUACCGCAAGAACCGCGACUACACGAACAUGAUGCGACUCGUGCAGGCGUACCGCUCCGGCUACGUUGUGCAGACGCACCUGGCGCUCGCCGCGCAGUUCCAGAAAGAGGGCAAUCUCAAGGCAGCUGAGACCCACUUUAUCGCCGGCAAGGACUGGAGCCGCGCCGUCUCCAUGUACCGCGACCGCGAUCUCUGGGACGACGCAGUGCGCAUUGCCAAAGUGCACGGCGGCGCCAACGCGGCGAAGCAGGUGGUCGUGUCGCGCGCGACGGUGAUGGACAGCGAAGAGGGUGUGCGGCUGCUCGGCAAGUUCAAUCUUAUCGAGGCCGGCAUCGAGGCGGCGCUGGAGAACUCCAAGUUUGACCUGGCACUCCAGUGGGCACAGCUAGCGCGGCCGGCGAAGGUGCCGUACGUGUACCUCAAGUACGCCAUGCACUACGAGGACCAGGGCGACUUCCGCAUGGCCGAGGACGCCUUUAUCAAGUCCGGCAAGCCGCGUGAGGCGAUUGACAUGUAUGUACAUCAGCACGACUUCACCGGUGCGAUGCGUGUUGCUGAGAACUACGACCCGUCGGCGGUGCCGCACGUGUGCGCCGCCAAUGGGCGUGUGUGCUUCCAGCAGGGCAACUACAAGGAGGCCGAGGCGCUGUUCCUGCGCGCGAACGCGCCGGAGACGCUGCUGAAGUUGUACGUCGACGCGAAGAUGUUCUCCGAGGCGCAGCGGGUGGCGAAGGAGCACUGCCCGGAAAUGCAGAGCGAUGUGGCAAAGCGCAUGGCGCUAAACUCGAACGAUCCGCAGAAGGCCGGAGCGGUCUUGGAGGAGAACAGCGAGUACCAGCUGGCCAUUGACACCUACCUGGCGGCCACACCGGAGAUGGUGCCGGACCCGGCGACACUCGCCAAUCUGUGGGUGCGCGCCGUGAAGGUGGCGCAGAAGCACGCGCGCAACUUGCUGAAGGAGGUGCUGCGCAGCGCCAUCGACAAGCUCAAGGCGGCGCAGCGCUACGUCGAGGCCGGCAAGUGCCUCGAGGACUGCGAGGACUACAAGGCCGCCAUCAACAUGUACGUACAGGCGCGCAAGUUCGACAUGGCCGAAGCACUGGCGAAGCGUGUGAGCCCGGAGCUGGAGAACUUUGUGAAGCGCGCCAUCGUGCAGGACAGCAUCUCCGGCGGGUCCAUGAAGGACGCCAAGGUGGUGGAGGAGAUGGACCCCGAUGUGGCCAUGAAGGCGUACAUCAGCAAGGCCGACUUUUCAAACGCACUGCGCAUGGCGGCGCAGAGGUCGCCGGAGGAGGUGCAGUACGUGACGGGCCUGCAGGUGCAGCAUCUCCUGCGCCAAGGCGACCCGGUGCAGUGCCUCGAGGCGCUCAGCAAGAACACCAUGGAUUCGGACGACUUCCGCUUCUACGAGACGUGGAUGUCGGUGGCACAGAAGGUGAUCCCGCUGCUCCCGGGCGACGACACGGUGGCGACGCUGCUGCAGCCGCUGCAUGACGGCCUUGUAAAGGUGGUGGACAGCAUGACGCAGUCUGGCCAGAAGAGCGAGGACAUCGCCAAGGCCACGGCGCUCGCGAGCGUGGUGCACAUCUACUUCAUGUCCCGAAAGAUGGAGACCGAGUUGAACAUGCCGGACUUUGCCGUGCAGCUCAUGCUCGGGCUGCCGCGCUGGAUCCCGCAUGUGGCGCCGGAUAAGGCGUUCUACGACGCCGGCAUGGCCGCGAAGCGCUCGGGGGUUGAGGGGAUGCAGGACGUUGCCUUCCUCUACCUCAACCGCGCACUCGACAUCAACGAGCGCAUCGACGACGGCGACACGGACAGCAGCGGGAUCGACAACACGGACUUUGCUGUGACGGACUUCCCGAAGGUGUACCGCCUGCCGAAGGAACCCACCGUGGCGGCGCAGGCGAUGGAGGAGGUGAACAACUGGGUGCUGACCGUGUCCAUCGACAACACGGUCGCCUCGGAUAGCCGGACGCUACCGAUGGUUUCCGAUCCGGAGAACGGAGAGCUGAUGUUUGCCGGCUCCGUGAAGUCCCCGCACACAGGCAAAGUGUACCCGACGUGCGCAGUGACCGGCUACCCCGUCAUCGGCGAUGGUCUGACGAAGUGCGCCCAGUGCCAUCGCCCGGCGAACCAGGCGGACUGGAACAAGUUUGUGCUGACGGCAAAGCGCUGUCCGUGGUGCGGCGCGGCGGCGAGCCCCAACUUCAAGGUGUAG